GCUUCACUUUUUAUUUUUAUUUUGUAAUUUUGUUUUCAAAAUGUUGUAUAUAGCUGAAUAUUGGACUGAUCAAGCAUUUAAAAGAACUGUAAGAAACCAGCACAUUUCUCUUGCUUUUUUUUACAAGUAGCAGCUUAGCUCCUUUAUAAUUUGGUCUGCUAUAUUAAAAAUUUAAUGGUCGACGAUCAGAUGGCAAACAUAUUUUAGUAUCUUUUUAUUUUUGUAUGCAAUGAGCAUCCUCUCACAAACAAUGGCGUUUCAAGUAUUGAUAUUGAUCUUGGUUUUGUCGGAGACAAGCAUUGCAAUGGACAUUCCUGCCAAUUUUGUCUUCGGUGACUCACUGGUUGAUGCAGGAAACAACAAUUAUAUAGCGUCUCUCUCCAAGGCUAAUUAUAUUCCAAACGGAAUUGAUUUCGGCAGACCGACCGGUCGAUACACCAAUGGCAGAACCAUUGCUGACAUAAUAGGCCAAGAAUUAGGUUUCACAGAUUUCACUCCUCCUUACUUGGCUCCCACGACAGUAUGUCCUGUAAUUCUGAGAGGUGUCAACUAUGCUUCAGGUGGCGGUGGAAUUCUUAAUCAUACUGGCAAGAUCUUUGGCGGAAGAAUCAACUUGGACGCGCAGAUUGAUAACUUUGCAAACACUAGACAAGACAUAAUUUCAAGAAUUGGUUCUCCUGCAGCUCUGGAUUUGCUUCAAAGAGCUCUGUUCUCGGUUACAAUCGGGUCGAAUGAUUUCAUUAAUAACUACUUUACACCAGUUGUCUCUGCACUCGAGCAAAAGUUGAUAUCUCCAGAUGUGUUUGUGGACAGCAUGAUAGCAAGAUUCAGACUACAACUUACUAGACUGUACAAUUUGGGUGCUAGAAAGGUGGUUGUGGCGAAUGUGGGGCCGAUUGGAUGCAUACCAUUCGAAAGGGAUACAAAUCCAUCCGCCGGGAAUAAUUGUGUUAGUCUUCCUAAUCAGGUAGCUCAGCUAUACAAUGCACGACUGAGAAGCCUUAUCGCGGAGCUUCAGACAAGCCAGAAAGGAUCAACAUUGGUUUAUGCAGAUGUUUAUCGCAUCGUAGAUGACAUAAUACAGAACUACGUUUCAUACGGUUUUGAGAAUGCAAAUGGAUCAUGCUGCUAUUUAGCAGGGAGAUUUGGUGGUCUAGUACCAUGUGGACCAACAUCUAAAAUUUGUGCAGACAGAUCAAAGUUUGUGUUCUGGGAUCCAUACCAUCCGUCCGAUGCGGCUAAUGUCCUCAUCGCAAAGCGACUGGUCGACGGCAACUUGAAUGACAUUUCACCUAUGAACAUUCGUCAACUCUCGACGGUUUAAUUUUAUCAGGAGAUCUUAGUUAGGGAAUUAAACUAUUAAGUCCUGGCAUGUAGUAAAAGGUGUAGCUACUUGUUUUGACUUGUGAGAUGAAACGCAUGAUAUCUUAAAUAAUUUACACAUUCCAAUGCUGGAAGAUGAUAAAUUAUGCCUA